GUAGCGAAGCAAAAGAGGCGAAAAGCAAAAAGACGCUUAGACACGCAUCUGCAUGGAGUGCUGGAAAGAAAAUGCUUUUCAACAUGAAUUUGUGGGAAUUUUGUGAAAAGCAAAGAACCAAAAACUGACGACGAAAGUCAGCUCAUAUACACAAAUACAGACGAACAUACAAAUAAACGUAGCGUAAAUCACGUUAAGCUAAAACACACACACACACACACUAGCACACAAUCGUGGCCUACAACGUUGCUUUGAAAUGUAACAAGGGAUCAUAUGCGCCGCCACGUUCCAAUUAGAAAGUGCUGUUGAUGUCGAUGUUGCUGUUUGCCAUUGCCUGCAACAGAAUAUGAGAUAAACCACAAAGAAGACGCAGUUGCAACAGCAGCAGCAUGAGCAGUGAAUCUGAGCCCGUUAGCCUCGAGUUCAUUGAGGAUUCUUAUCUGCCGCGCAUAGAUGACAUCACCACAACACCAUCUUUAGAUGAACUGGAGCUAUGCCCCACAAGCGAUGCAAUUUAUUGGUGCGAUGAAACAGAUCAAUAUCUGCGUAAUCUAACGCUCGACGACAUCUUCUACGAUGUGGACAAUGAUUAUGCCAAUACGCUGGAGCUGCAAGCAGUCGAAACGGAAUUCAUUGCAGCCAAAUUGGCCAACCAAACACCUUCAAUGUCAAUUGCAAAACGUUUUCGCUUAAAGUUCUUUGCCAAGCGCUCGAUGCGCGAUGUUAAGGUCACCUUCAUAGACUUUUCGAAACCCUAUCUGGCCAAAAUAUCAAAUAGCGAGAAUUAUAAAAGAUUUCUGACCAUUGGUCAUGGUGCUAAAGAUAAUACAGGCAACUUGACGGAGCCCACAUCUCCAGCUGCUUCAGUUGCAUCGGCAGAAAUUGCUGCAGAGUUUGCUGCGCUUACCGUUGAGGAGAAGGAACAGCGUCGCGCCGAAUGGAGCCAGGAGCUGGCACGCGUUGAAGAAGAAAUCAACACGCUGCGCACGGUGCUGGCAUCCAAGACGCGCCAUGCAUCCGAUCUCAAGCGUAAACUGGGCAUUACCGUCUGGAAGGAGCUAACCGACGAUGUCAAUCAGGGCGUCAAGAACCUCAAAGAGAGUCACGUUUACCAAUCUAUGGAGCAAAGUGUAGGCAGCUUAUCUAAAGCCGUACAUGAGGCACCGCUUUUCCAACGCACCGAAUCUGUGCUCAAGACAACAGGCGAGAAAACAGCAUCGGUCUUCAGCACCAUUACCGGUGGGAUUACAUCGAAAUUGUCACAAAUGAAAAACUCUGAUUCGAUGCGUUCUAUUGAAGCUUCGGUGGGCUCAGCCUAUGAGAACGUUAAAGUAAGCUAUGAACACAACAAUUUUUUGUGCCAAUCUCAUGCGACGAAAGUGACAUCUCGUUCGGGUUCGGUUUCCAGUUUCCCAGAUGCUCUAGAUGAGAACAACACAUCAUCGGGAAUGAACUCACCCACAGACUCUCUAACAAAAUAAACUGCGUGUCCACACACAGCUACACAUACACACCCACACACACACACAAAGAAAACAGCACGCGUAAAAUAAUCAAGAGAAAUAUAUAUAUUAAUACACUAUAAAUAUUUACAAACACAUACAUACUGUCACAUAACAAAUUGAACACCAAUAACGGAAUUUAAUUAUUUAUAUUCAUGCAUAAUUACAUGUGUGUUAAUAUUAUUACUAUUAUUAAUGUAUUGUAUCUCAAAUUUAACAUAUUAUCAAGUUUUUGCAAAUUUUGUUGGCCUUGUUAAGGGCAUAGAUUUGUGCGUGUGUGUUACACUAAUUCAAAGAUAAAAUUUUAAUGGUUUAUACGCAAGUGAACUUAUUCUUUUUAUAUAAAUCUAAGUGUAUGUUUAAUGUUUAACAAAAUGAAAAUGGUAAAAAAAAAAAGAACUAAAGCAAGAAUGCAUUGAUAACAUAUUAACGCUAACUUUGUUAACAAAUAUUUCAUUCCUAGCUUCUUUAGCCCAUUCUUAAGCUUUUAUUUUAAACAACAACAAAUAUGUAAUUUACAU